AUGGGACUAGAUAUUUCUGAUAUGCUCACUCCGAGUAAGGCGCUCUUCUAUAGAAUUUUCCCAAGGAACACGGCGGUAUCCCUUGGUAAGGUGGUCUUGACAGUUACCUCCAGGACACGGACUGAGUACAUCAAAUUUGAGGUGGCCAAUUUUGAAACACCUUAUCACGCCAUCCUCGGACGUCCAGCUCUAGCAAAGUCCAUGGCAGUACUCCACUACAUGUACUUGCUAUUCAAGAUGCCAGGGCCCAAUGGCAUGCUCCCCUUCCGCGGCGACCUAAGGAAGUCCUACGACUGCAAUCAGGAAACCAUCGAGUACGCUUCAACAACCCAAGUACCCGAUUCAGCUGCAGAAGUACUUGCGGCAUCCAAGCAACUCUUUCAGUCAGAGAUGGACAUUCUAGCAAAGAAGCUGAGCCAGUCCAAGGUGAAACCCACCAGCAAUGUAGGCAUCAAGACUAUCGAGUUGGAAGAAGGAAACUCAUCCAAGAUAGCCCCGAUAGGUUCAGGGCUGGAUGCUAAAUACGAAAGCACGCUCGUCAACUUCCUUUAG